CAGUCAAGGGCAGCCGCACAUGAAAAAUACUCGGUACUAUGUACCCCUGAUGUUGCCACUGCCUUGGCGUCUCCGCUCGCCACUCUCUCCUGCCGGCUUUGCGAGGAUAUUUGGGUUAACAGGCAUCUGGAUGCGCUGUCACGGACCUGGUUUUAAAUGCGCCCUCGCGCUUAACGCUUGCCAAACCAUGUUCCCCAGCAGCUCCCACUUCGGAUCGCAUUGGACGGCCAGUCCAUAAGACCACCUGCCUCUCCCCUCAAACGAAAUUGUCUGUCUAGAUGAUACAACCUUCCAACAGCGACACAGAGCCAUACCCUCCCAUCGAACCCUCCUCCUCGGCCGUCAAGUCUGAGCCUCGUUCAGACAGUUCCGAUCCUCCCUCUCCUAUCACAAACCGCCCGGCCGCCUCCUCGUCGCUGAGUGGUCGUCUCCGCCGUGUUUCCCAGAGCUUCGAGCAAUCUGAUCUGCCCACGGGAUUCGUCGCUGCAACCGGAACGCGCAACACGGUACCGGACGUCAUCGAGGAACCGGCAUCCAUCGAGACGCACAACACGACCCCGACGUCUGAAAUGAACAAGAACCCGACCGGCGAACCAGCCGCCGCCGCGCCAUUUCCCAAUGGAUAUCACUUCCCCCCGAGCCAUUCGUUUGGCAAGUCUACGUCGCGAGGCCUCCGCGCAUCCUGGCGAUACUUCUUGACUCCCGUGGGUUUCUGCGUCAUCCUCUACGGACUCAAUGUCGUAGCCUGGGGUGGAAUGCUUUUCUUACUGCUUUGUAAUGCGUCCCCUGCAAUGUGCCACCCGACAUGCAACCACAUCGACUCUCCAAGACGGAAAUGGAUCGAGUGGGAUUCCCAGAUCUUGAACGCCCUUUUCUGCGUCACGGGAUUCGGGUUGGCCCCCUGGCGUUUCCGAGACCUCUAUUUCCUGCUGCAGUACCGCGUGAAGGGCGAUGUCGUCGCCCUCAGGCGCCUAGCUGGCAUCCAUCGUGGGUGGUUUCGACUGUCCGGGUCGGCUGAGCUGCCCAUCGACUUAGGACCGCAGAAUGUGGCGGCUUCGUUGGGUUCGGCUCCGCCCAGCGCGAUACCUUACCCCGAGACCAAGAUUCCCGAGGCUCCUCUCACCGGGCAACGGGCACCGGAAACCAAACUCUGGAAAAUGGAUGCGGUUAUUUGGCUCAUGGUUUGGAACACCUUUUUGCAAUGCUGCCUCGCCGGAUUCAUGUGGGGGAUGAACCGAUAUGACCGGCCUAGUUGGUCAACAGGCCUAUUUGUCGCGCUCGCCUGCGUUGUAGCCGCAGUUGGGGGAAUCAUGAUGGUUAUUGAAGGAAAGAAGGUCAAGGGAAUCGAAGGUGUGCCCGUGAGCCCCGAAGAUUUGCAGCAGCUGCAGACGGACAGGGAACAAGGUAUUUGGCAUUAUAACAACCUCAAGGACAAGGAACCCAAGGAGAAGGCCAAAAAGUGAGGCGUCGGUCGGGAACUAGGGAGGCAAACCUUGGUUAUUUCGGGUUUUGGCGUACGAGAUUGUCUGGGAGGCUACAUUCUUAUGUAGUAAGUAAGCUAAUAACAUGUUACGUGCAACCCAGUAAGUGCCUGGCUUAUUACAUGCAUGCGCCACAGGCUAGAGCAUGCUUCUCAACUGUUUCCUCAACUGUCUGAGCAUCCAAAUUUGGAAAGCAUCUGGUCUGGACCUCCUAGGCGAAGC